AUCCUAAUAUACUAAAAUUGACAGGAAAAAAUAAUGCUAUUUUUUGGAAUGGUUCAUCAUCACCCAAAGCGAACCGGCCGCACUUUUAUUUUGUCUCGUCUUCGGCGCAGCGGAAGUGACGCAUGUGCUCUUCCGGUGAGUGAUGAUGGCGGAUUUUGAUCAAGAUGAUUUUUUGCGCGAGCGGCAUGUGCGGUUUUUUCAGCGCUGUCUAGACGUGUUGCCCGAGAGAUACGCGCCGUACGAGACGAGCAGGUUGACGAUUGUUUUUUUUGCUCUGUCGGGUCUUGAUGUCCUUGAUGCCUUGGAUGUUGUAGACAAACCCAGUUUAAUUGAGUGGAUUUAUUCACUUCAAGUUCUUCCCACAGAUGAUGGAUGUAAUCUCGGGCGCUGUGGGUUUCGCGGUUCCUCGCACAUCGGUGUUCCUUACAAUAACUCAAAGCAGGGUCCAAGUACUCCUCAUGCGUAUGACAGCGGUCACGUGGCGAUGACCUACACUGGACUGGCGUGUCUUGUUAUUCUAGGGGACGAUCUGAGUCGGGUUAAUAAAGAGGCUUGUUUGAUUGGCUUAAAAGCGCUGCAGUUAGAGGACGGCAGUUUUUAUGCAGUUCCAGAAGGAAGCGAGAACGACAUGAGAUUUGUUUACUGUGCCGCCUGUAUCUGUUACAUGCUGGACGAUUGGUCUGGUAUGGACCGCCAGAAAGCCAUAGAUUACAUCAGGAGAAGCACAUCAUAUGAUGGUGGGAUUGGUCAAGGGUCUGGACUUGAGUCUCAUGGUGGCUCAACGUUUUGUGCCAUUGCUUCUCUGUGUCUGAUGGGAAAAUUACAGGAAGUGUUCAGUGAGAGAGAAAUGAGACGCAUACGACGCUGGUGUAUCCUGAGACAGCAGAACGGCUUCCACGGGCGUCCCAACAAACCUGUGGACACCUGUUACUCGUUUUGGGUGGGCGCGACGCUGGAGCUUUUAGAUGUCUUCCAAUACACAAACUUUGAAAAGAACCGGAACUACAUUCUGUCUACGCAGGACCGUUUGGUGGGCGGUUUUGCUAAAUGGCCUGACAGUCAUCCGGACCCUCUUCACACCUACUUUGGCAUCUGUGGCUUGUCUCUGAUGGGAGAGGAAGACCUCCGAAAGGUUCAUCCCGCCCUGAACAUCAGCAACCGAGCGUUCGACACACUGCGGCGGCUUCACGGGGUCUGGAGGACAAACAGCACGUGACCCCCAUCCGUCUGUCCCGACCUGUGAUACCUCAGCAAUAAAACAUCCCGCUGAGAGCCGACGAAUAACCGAUCAGAUCCACCGGCGUCAAUUAUUCAGUCGCUUCUCGGCCGUCGGCCUCCACAAGCUUGUGUAGUUGAUUUCUGCCUUACCAACAGAGAAACGUCUUGUUUGUGUGUAAAUACAGAUUGGAAUUGGAUUGACAUAAACAAGAUCGGAUUCUUUUCUAUUUGUUUUUGGUUCCAAAACAAUAUGCACCGUAUAACUUUGUGGUUUAUGUUUUAUUAUUUUGACCAGCGACAGUGCCAUCUUAGUAUUUCUUUAUCUUCAUCUCUCUUCUCUUGAAUGUGCCUCAGAUAUCAACACCAGUGUUCUUUCUUACAUCUCCACUAAAGACACUUGUGAAUGUUGCUUCAAGGAUUAAACGAUGAAAUCAUUUUUUCUGUCUUUUAAACAUCAAGUGUAGAGAUGACAAUAAUGCUGCUCGUAUUUUGAUGUAAAGCUCUAGUAAACUCCGAGCAUGCAAGAUUCAAUAAAUGAAUCGCUUUUAUUGUAUGACUGUUCAUUGAUGAUGGUGCCAGUGAAAGAGAAAACAUUUAAUAGAAUUUAAAUAAAAUAAAGUGAAUUUUCAAAAGUCA